CAGACAGCCCCGACUCUAUAGUGGCAGCAGGCAAAUGCGCAGAGCGCACAGGGCACACGUUAACACGACCUCCCCUCUCGGGUAUUUUUUUUUUCUUUUAUACUUUUUAUCAUCCGAAGGCGCCUUGGAUGUGAUCUCUGGAAUUCCAGUUUUCCUGCGUUCAUUAAUCUUGCGAGGGGCGUCGUAGUCUCACUCCCAUCUCUCUCUCUCUCUCUCUCUCUCCCCGGAGGUUGAGGGUUCCGUCGCUGCUUCGGAUCUCGCAGCGAUCAGAAUCCGUGCAGGUUUUUUCGCUUCUGUAUGGUGACCUCAGAUUAGAGACUCAAGACUUUAAUCACAUCUGCGGAUCGCUUUUCAGAUCUCUAGGAUUCGAUCUAGCUACCAUGGCAGCUGCAAAUGCUCCGAUCGCCAUGAAAGAGGCCUUAACGCUGCCAAGCGUUGGGAUUAAUCCACAGUUUAUCACAUUUACACAUGUUACAAUGGAGUCGGAUAAGUAUAUAUGUGUUCGAGAAACAGCACCACAAAACAGUGUUGUUAUAAUCGAUAUGAGCAUGCCAAUGCAGCCCUUGAGAAGACCCAUCACUGCGGACUCUGCUCUGAUGAACCCUAAUUCCAGAAUUCUUGCUCUUAAAGCCCAACUUCCGGGAACAACUCAGGAUCACUUGCAAAUAUUUAAUAUUGAGAUGAAAGCAAAAAUGAAGUCUCAUCAGAUGCCUGAGCAGAUUGUCUUUUGGAAGUGGAUUACCCCAAAAAUUUUGGGCAUGGUCACGCAGACCUCUGUUUAUCAUUGGUCGAUUGAAGGUGACUCUGAACCUGUAAAGAUGUUUGAGAGAACAGCUAAUUUGGUGAACAAUCAGAUAAUUAAUUAUCGAUGCGAUCCUUCGGAAAAGUGGUUGGUUUUGAUUGGAAUUGCUCCUGGUUCGCCUGAGAGGCCACAACUUGUCAAAGGGAAUAUGCAGCUUUUCUCUGUGGAUCAGCAGCGGAGUCAAGCUCUGGAAGCACAUGCUGCAUCGUUUGCCUCACUAAAAGUUGCAGGGAAUGAGAAUCCUUCUACCCUUAUUUCUUUUGCCACAAAGAGCAUCAAUGCUGGACAAAUUACGUCAAAGCUGCAUGUCAUUGAACUUGGUGCUCAGCCAGCAGGAAGGCCAGCAUUUACAAAGAAACAAGCAGAUCUCUUCUUUCCUCCAGAUUUUGCUGAUGACUUUCCAGUUUCUAUGCAGAUAUCCCAUAAAUACAGUUUGAUUUAUGUGAUCACCAAGCUUGGAUUACUAUUCGUUUAUGACUUGGAAAGUGCGACUGCAGUAUACAGGAAUAGAAUUAGUCCUGAUCCAAUAUUUUUGACAGCGGAAGCUUCAUCUGUUGGAGGUUUCUAUGCCAUCAACAGGCGAGGCCAGGUUUUGCUUGCAACUGUGAAUGAGGCAACAAUUGUGCCCUUUGUCAGUGGCCAACUGAACAAUCUGGAGCUUGCUGUCAAUCUUGCCAAAAGAGGAAAUCUUCCUGGUGCCGAGAAUUUGGUUGUCCAGCGCUUCCAAGAAUUGUUCGCCCAAACAAAGUAUAAAGAGGCUGCUGAGCUUGCUGCAGAAUCUCCACAAGGGAUUCUUCGUACACCUGACACAGUUGCUAAAUUUCAGAGUGUUCCUGUGCAAGCUGGGCAAACACCACCUUUGUUGCAAUACUUUGGAACUCUUUUGACGAGAGGAAAGCUUAAUGCAUUUGAGUCAUUGGAGUUAUCACGCCUUGUUGUAAAUCAGAACAAAAAGAAUCUUUUGGAGAAUUGGUUGGCGGAAGACAAGCUGGAAUGUAGCGAGGAGCUUGGAGACCUUGUGAAGACUGUCGAUAAUGACCUUGCACUCAAAAUUUAUAUUAAAGCCCGAGCAACUCCUAAAGUAGUUGCAGCUUUUGCUGAACGGAGGGAGUUUGAUAAAAUCUUGAUAUAUUCAAAACAGGUUGGGUAUACACCUGAUUAUUUGUUCCUCCUUCAAACAAUUCUCCGAUCUGAUCCCCAGGGAGCUGUGAAUUUUGCUUUAAUGAUGUCUCAAAUGGAAGGAGGUUGUCCAGUUGAUUACAACACUAUAACUGAUCUUUUUCUUCAGAGGAACAUGAUCCGUGAAGCAACAGCCUUUUUGUUAGAUGUUUUGAAACCGAAUUUGUCAGAACAUGGUUACCUUCAAACAAAGGUUCUGGAGAUCAAUUUAGUAACAUUUCCAAAUGUUGCUGAUGCAAUCCUUGCGAAUGGGAUGUUCAGUCAUUAUGAUCGUCCUAGAAUAGCCCAACUUUGUGAAAAAGCUGGUCUUUAUGUGCGAGCUCUUCAGCAUUAUACUGAGUUACCAGAUAUUAAGCGCGUCAUUGUGAAUACACAUGCAAUAGAGCCUCAGUCACUCGUUGAGUUUUUUGGGACUCUUUCACGAGAAUGGGCUUUGGAGUGCAUGAAGGACCUUUUACUUGUCAAUCUAAGAGGCAAUCUUCAGAUAAUUGUUCAGACUGCCAAGGAAUACUCUGAGCAAUUGGGUGUUGAAGCGUGUAUAAAACUCUUUGAACAAUUUAAGUCAUAUGAAGGGCUGUACUUUUUCCUGGGGUCAUAUUUGAGCUCCAGCGAGGAUCCUGAUAUCCACUUUAAGUACAUUGAAGCAGCUGCUAAAACUGGACAAAUCAAAGAGGUUGAGCGUGUGACAAGAGAAUCAAACUUCUAUGAUGCUGAAAAGACAAAGAACUUUCUGAUGGAAGCCAAGCUUCCAGAUGCACGGCCACUUAUUAACGUAUGCGAUCGGUUUGGUUUUGUGCCAGAUCUCACCCACUAUCUAUACUCAAACAACAUGCUUCGAUAUAUUGAAGGUUAUGUUCAGAAGGUGAACCCAGGGAAUGCUCCUUUAGUUGUGGGACAGCUGCUAGAUGAUGAGUGUCCUGAAGAUUUCAUCAAGGGUCUAAUUCUUUCUGUCCGAUCUUUACUUCCAGUUGAGCCACUUGUGGAGGAAUGUGAGAAGAGGAAUCGGCUGCGUUUACUCACUCAGUUCCUGGAGCAUCUUGUGAGCGAGGGAAGCCAAGAUGUACAUGUUCACAAUGCAUUGGGUAAAAUCAUUAUUGAUAGCAACAACAAUCCUGAGCACUUCCUCACAACCAACCCAUACUAUGAUUCACGUGUUGUGGGUAAAUAUUGUGAGAAACGUGAUCCUACGCUAGCAGUUGUUGCUUACCGGAGAGGGCAGUGUGAUGAUGAACUUAUUAAUGUUACCAAUAAGAACUCUCUGUUCAAACUGCAAGCCAGAUAUGUUGUUGAAAGGAUGGAUGGUGAUCUCUGGGAGAAAGUUCUUGACCCUGAGAAUGUCUAUAGAAGACAGCUCAUUGAUCAAGUUGUAUCUACUGCUUUACCAGAGAGCAAGAGCCCCGAGCAAGUUUCUGCUGCUGUUAAAGCUUUCAUGACUGCUGACCUACCUCAUGAACUGAUAGAGCUUCUUGAAAAGAUUGUGCUUCAAAACUCUGCAUUCAGUGGGAAUUUUAAUCUUCAGAACCUGCUUAUCUUGACUGCUAUCAAGGCAGAUCCAUCUAGAGUUAUGGAUUACAUUAAUAGGUUAGAUAACUUUGAUGGACCUGCAGUUGGGGAAGUGGCUGUGGAAGCCCAACUCUAUGAAGAGGCAUUUGCAAUUUUCAAGAAGUUCAACUUGAAUGUCCAAGCUGUUAAUGUCUUAUUGGAUAAUAUCCGAAGCAUUGAAAGGGCUGUGGAGUUUGCGUUCCGGGUUGAGGAAGAUGCUGUUUGGAGCCAGGUGGCCAAGGCUCAACUGAGGGAGGGCCUGGUGAGUGAUGCAAUCGAGUCAUUUAUUCGUGCAGAUGAUGCAACUCAAUUCUUGGAUGUUAUUCGUGCAGCAGAGGAUGCAAAUGUCUACCAUGAUUUGGUGAGGUACCUUCUGAUGGUUAGGCAAAAGGCCAAAGAGCCCAAGGUGGACAGUGAGCUCAUUUAUGCAUAUGCUAAGAUUGAUAGGCUGGGUGAUAUUGAAGAAUUCAUUCUCAUGCCUAAUGUUGCUAAUCUCCAAAAUGUGGGUGAUCGGUUGUACGAUGAAGCCCUCUACGAGGCUGCAAAAAUAAUAUUUGCUUUUAUAUCUAACUGGGCCAAGUUAGCUUGCACUCUUGUGAAGCUGAGACAGUUCCAAGGUGCUGUAGAUGCGGCACGAAAAGCCAACAGCUCAAAGACAUGGAAGGAAGUUUGCUUUGCUUGUGUUGAUGCUGAGGAGUUCCGUUUAGCUCAAAUAUGUGGGCUCAACAUUAUUAUCCAGGUGGAUGACUUGGAAGAGGUCAGUGACUAUUACCAGAAUAGAGGUUGUUUCAAUGAGCUAAUAUCACUCAUGGAGAGUGGUUUGGGGUUGGAACGUGCACAUAUGGGCAUCUUUACUGAGUUGGGAGUCCUGUAUGCUAGAUAUCGUCCUGAGAAGCUAAUGGAGCACAUAAAAUUAUUUUCGACACGGCUCAACAUUCCCAAGCUUAUACGAGCUUGUGAUGAGCAGCAGCACUGGAAGGAACUUACCUAUCUGUAUAUCCAGUAUGAUGAGUUUGAUAAUGCUGCAACUACCAUAAUGAAUCAUUCCCCUGAAGCAUGGGAUCAUAUGCAGUUUAAAGAUGUCGCAGUCAAAGUUGCUAAUGUAGAGCUAUAUUAUAAGGCAGUGCACUUCUACUUGCAAGAGCAUCCUGACCUUAUUAAUGAUCUUCUUAAUGUGCUUGCUCUUCGUGUGGACCAUACACGUGUUGUUGACAUAAUGCGAAAGGCUGGUCACCUGCAUCUUGUGAAGCCGUACAUGGUUGCUGUUCAGAGCAACAACGUUUCUGCUGUAAAUGAGGCUUUGAAUGAGAUAUAUGUUGAAGAGGAGGACUACGAGAGGCUGCGCGAAUCAAUUGAUAUGCAUGAUAGUUUUGAUCAGAUAGGCCUUGCUCAGAAGAUUGAGAAACAUGAGCUCCUUGAGAUGAGACGUGUUGCUGCUUAUAUUUAUAAGAAAGCUGGUAGAUGGAAACAGUCUAUUGCAUUAUCAAAGAAAGACAACCUGUACAAAGAUGCCAUGGAGACAUGCUCACAGUCUGGUGACCGUGAACUUGCGGAAGAGCUGCUUGUUUAUUUCAUUGAACAGGGAAAGAAAGAGUGCUUUGCAUCUUGCCUCUUUGUUUGUUAUGAUUUAAUUCGUCCAGAUGUUGCACUUGAACUUGCAUGGAUGAACAAUAUGAUCGACUUUGCCUUUCCAUAUCUGUUGCAGUUUAUCCGUGAAUAUACUGGUAAAGUUGAUGAACUUGUUAAGGACAAAAUUGAGGCUCAAAAUGAAGUCAAGGCUAAAGAGAAGGAAGAGAAAGAUGUAAUUGCACAGCAGAAUAUGUAUGCCCAGCUACUGCCUCUUGCUUUGCCUGCACCACCAAUGCCAGGUAUGGGGGGAGGAGCAGGGAUGGGAGGAUUUGCGGCUCCGCCACCUAUGGGUGGAAUGGGAAUGCCGCCCAUGCCACCUUUUGGGAUGCCUCCAAUGGGAAGCUAUUGAUCAUAUACUCAGUAACUGCCCUGAUAGGGUAUUUGCUUCGUGAAGGAGGGGGGUGCACAGCGCAGGACAGGUUUUGCAUUGAGGGGAUGGGUGUGGUUUGCACCUUCAAUUUUUUUUGUGUUCAUUUGUUUUAAUGGGGGGUAGAAUGUAAUUGUUGUUGGGAAUAAUGUUCCUAUUGUCCCUUUUUUAUUUUAAUUUUUUAGUUUAAAAUCAUAGGGGUGUGAUAUAUUUCUUUGUAAUAUUCUUUGGGUAGAGGCAUUUUUUGCUAGUGGAAGAGGGCAAGCUGAGGAUUUUCUUUGUUGUACUAAUGUUCCUGUGGUGCGGCCCCCUUAAUUUGGUCUGAGUAUUAUAUACGGAACAUUAUACUGAUUGAUUGUAAGGCAUCGGCUUUAAUAUGUUGUGCUUCAAGUUCGUCCCA